AAUGAACCCGGAAAAACAGUGUCAAAUAUGUGCAAAAACAUCAAAUGGAAUGCAUUUCGGUGCAAUGACCUGCCGAGCGUGUGCAGCGUUUUUCAGACGGGCUGUGGUGUUGAAGCUGGAGUAUUCGUGUAAGGCGAAGAAAAUGUGUCAGCUGGAAGGUGGUGGGAGAUCAAUGUGCAGAUACUGUAGAUUUGAAAAAUGCAAGGAAAUCGGAAUGGACGCCGAAAAGGUUAUCCUGGAUUAUGAUCCAACUGCAUCACAGAAAGUGCCGGUUAUGCCAAAAAUCGAUAAAGUACAAGAAAAUGAGCCGGCGCCUGCGACUUCGAAGAGCCACGCGGACAAAAUUACAGUUAAAAUCGAUUUUACAGAAUUGACGGAGAAGUUGAAAGAGAUGUUUGAGACCCAAAAGCGCUCCUCCGGCGAGUUAUCCGGCUCCUUGGACUCUGACGAAAGUUCUACAGAUAGUGUCUACCUAAAUGAUCUCCAAAAUUUGACGAAAGCUUUAAACGAGUUUCAGGCUCCGAUUAAGGAUAAGAAAGACAUUGUAAACCUCGACAGAGCCGAUAUGAAAAAAGUGAUCUACUGGUUGAAUUUUCGAGUCAAAAAAUAUGCGACGUGGUAUUCACAUGCCACGUAUCUCAUAGAACAUUUGCCGAUGAAUCAGAAAUUUGAAACUUAUCGGAAAUCCUGGAAUCUUUUGAGAAUGUUCGAGAGAAUUGCGAUGACGUGGAAACAUUAUGGAAAUGAAAUGUUUGAAGGACAUUUUAUAUUGGUCAGUGACGACACAAAAAUGAUAAUCGACAAGAGUUUGAUACAUUUCGAGGAAAUCUCAGAUGUUACUGAUGAAUAUUUUCGGAGGUUGUUCCACCCAUUUCUUAAUCAAUAUAUGGAAGAAGUCGCCAAACCGAUGUCGGAAUUGGACCUGACAACCGAAGAAAUCGUAUUUUGUAUGGUUAAUAUACUUGGAUAUGAUGCAUCCGGCUUAACCCCCGAAACCAUUGAAACAUUACAUAAGUUCAAAGAAAUCAUUGCCGACCAAAUGCACAGCUAUUACACGAAUUCCACGAAUAUCAAAAUGUAUUCGCAUCGGAUAAUGAAAUUGAUGCAACUUGUUAAAAGUAUUACGAAAAUCGCACGGGAAAAAUCGAGACUUCGAGAUGUAAUCUAUGUAUUCGACAUUUAUAAAGCCGAGAUUUCAGAUCCAUGUUUUUUCCAAUUUUUUUGAAUUUUUUUCUGGUAAUAAAUAUUUU